AAACAGUUCUGUGCUCAAGGGUUUCGCCGCGAGUGGCGGCGGCCACGAGCGCAGGCGACGAGGAGCGGCGGGGAAGAGGAGGCGGACACACGGCGUACGGCGGAUGUUCCGGUGCCUCAGGAGCGUCCGGCAGCGCCUCGGCACCGAUCGCCACCACCCGCAGGACAAUCGCUGUCAUCUCCUCUCACCGAUCGCCAACUGGAUCGUCCGGCACCAUUCAGCAAGCCAUGAACAGACCAGCGGAGAACAUCAGUGUGGGCUCUUGUGUCUUCCAAUUCAAAGUAGACUAUGAACGAAGCAAGCAGAUUCCCGUUGGCAUGGCCUUCUAUUCCGACAUCGUCUCCGCCGGGGGACACCUGUGGAGGGUUAAGUUCUUCCCGCGUGGGGAGUUAGAGGCCGACCAGGAGUAUGUUUCGAUCUUCCUGGAGCACAUGAGCAAGUCUAGAAGUGUGGAGGUCAUGUUUGAGGUCUUUAUGAUGGGCAGGGACAGCAAGCCAUGUAUGGCGCACAGACGAAGGUUCGUUCAAACCUUGGAAAUCAUGGAAGAUAAAGACAGCAGCGACUGCUGGGGAUGGGGUCAGUUCAUCCAGGGAACUAUUUUGGAGAAAGGUUACUUAACAGAGGGGCAUGUCACAUUUGUAUUUUCCAUCAUGAUCAUCGAUGACAACUGUGUUCUUGUCCCUCCUUCAGACAUCGGGACCCAUCUUGGCCGCCUGCUAGAUCACGCUGAUGGGACAGAUGUGUCAUUCAUCGUUGACCAUGAGACAUUCCAUGCUCACCGAGCAGUGCUUGCUGCCCGCUCACCAGUCUUUAGAGCAGAGCUCUUUGGCCCCAUGUCUGAAGCUACAAUGCCAUCCAUCACGCUGCACGACAUCACACCUGCAACAUUCAAAGUUAUGCUCCGGUUCAUAUACACAGAUGAAUUGCCCCUAGAAGACGAGCUUGAGGACUCUUCCACCGAGAUGUUCCAGAACCUGCUUGCUGCGGCCGAUCGGUAUGCACUGGACAGACUGAAGAUUGUUUGCGCCCAGAAGUUAUGGGAUAAAGUGUCGGUAGAUACAGUUGCAACUAUCUUAGCUUGGGCUGAAAUCUACAAUUGCCAGGAGUUGAAGAACAGGUGCAUUGACUUCUUUGUGGUGGAGUAAAAUUUCAAGAAGGCCAUCUUCACCGAUGGUUAUGCGUUGCUGGUUCUGAAAUUCCCAGAGAUCAUUGCUGAGAUGAAAAAGAGGGUUUAGGAGAUGAUACAGUGAGAUAUAUCUCCAUGUAUAUAGUUCAGGUGUUCAAGCGAUAGUACUAGAUGUGUUUGGGAACGUGGUGAGUGGUAUGUGGCAUCUUAUCAAGCGUACUGGGGCGUAUUGAAUAUGUUUCAUGAGCUGGGAGCCUGAUAUUGCUGAAUCUUCUUGUUA